CUAUUCACACACUUUCAAGAAGCUACGCGAGAGAGUCGCAUUCGCUGCGUCACGGAGGACACGUAACGAAUCUAACCGGGGGAGUCAGACCGAGACCAGGUUAGCGGGGGCAGACAAGAGACAGCAGGACCACUACCACCCAAAUAAAGCGAUACUUCCUGCAUUGAGAAGGCCUGAAAAUUCCAGAUUUCCAGUCAACGCUGACACAGAAGACCAACCACAGAUAUGGUGUUCAGAGGCACAGUAGUAGAUGCUCCGGACUUUGAUCCCACCGCUGACGCCGAGACACUUUACAAUGCUAUGAAAGGGAUCGGUAGUGAUAAAGAGGCCAUCCUGGACCUGGUCACCUCUCGAAGCAACGCACAGAGGCAGGAAAUCGUCUCGGCAUACAAAUGUAGCUUUGGACAGGACCUGAUUGAAGACCUGAAGUAUGAACUUACCGGAAAAUUUGAGCGUCUCAUCGUCAGCCUGAUGAGGACCCCGGCCUACCACGAUGCCAAAGAAAUCCAUGAUGCGCUCAAAGGAGCUGGAACAAACGAGAGAUGUCUCAUUGAAGUCCUGGCGUCUAGAAACAACCAACAGAUUCAUGACAUGGUGGCCGCGUACAAAGACAGUUAUGGCAGUGACAUGGAGGAGGAUGUAAUUGCUGACACUUCGGGUCACUUCAAGAAGAUGCUGGUUGUUUUACUUCAGGGGACCAGAGAUGAGUCAGGAGUGGUGGAUGCAGACUUGGUGGAACAGGAUGCACAAGACUUGUAUGCAGCUGGAGAAGAGCAGUGGGGCACAGACGAGGCCAAAUUCAUCAUGAUCCUGGGAAGCCGGAGUGUGACCCAUCUCCGCAUGGUUUUUGAUGCAUAUGAGAAGAUUGCAGAAGUGUCCAUCGAGGACAGCAUCAAGAGCGAGCUGUCCGGAGACUUUGAGACCCUGAUGCUCGCUGUUGUCCAGUGCAUCAGGAGCGUACCCAUGUUCUUUGCCAGGCGUCUCUACAAGUCAAUGAAGGGUCUCGGCACAGCUGACAACACUCUGAUCCGGAUCAUGAUUUCUCGCUCUGAAAUUGACAUGUUAGACAUCCGGGAGUGUUUCCGUCUCAGAUACGAGAAGUCACUUUAUAACAUGAUUAAGGACGACACAUCAGGAGAUUACAAGAGGACUCUGCUAAACCUGUGUGGAGGGGAUGAUGACUUAGCAGGAGAGUUCUUCCCUGAAGCUGCUCAGAUAGCCUACAAGAUGUGGGAAUUAAGUGCCAUGACCAAAGUGCAGCUAAGACCUACAGUUCGCCCUGCGCCCAACUUUGACCCCGCCGCUGAUGCUCAAGCCCUGAGGAAAGCUAUGAAGGGAUUCGGGACAGAUGAAGACGCAAUCAUUGACAUUGUUGCACACAGAAGCAAUGCACAGAGGCAGGAGAUCAGACAGGCCUUCAAAUCCCUACUGGGAAGGGAUCUGAUGAAGGACCUGAAGUCUGAACUGUCAAAGAACUUGGAGAGACUGAUCAUUGGUCUCAUGCUGACCCCAGCAGAGUUUGAUGCCAAAAUGAUGAGAAAAGCAAUGGAGGGGGCCGGGACAGAUGAGCACGCUCUGAUCGAGAUCCUGGUAACCAGGAGCAACGCAGAAAUACAAGCCAUGAAUGCGGCCUAUGAGGAAGGCUAUAAAAAGACUCUGGAAGAAGCCAUUCAGUCAGACACAUCAGGCCACUUCUGUCGCAUCCUUGUUUCUCUCGUGCAGGGUGCAAGAGAAGAAGGCCCUGCAGAUGUGGAAAGAGCUGAUGCAGAUGCUCAGGAACUUGCCGAUGCAUGCAACGCAGAAUCUGAUGACAUGGAGAUGAAGUUCAUGAGUAUUCUGUGCACCAGGAGCUUCCCCCAUCUCAGGAGAGUAUUCCAGGAGUUUGUCAGAUGCACCAACAAGGACAUUGAGCAGAUUAUCAAGAAGGAAAUGUCGGGAGAUGUGAAAAACGCCUUUUAUGCAAUAGUUUGCAGUGUGAAGAACCAGCCCUCUUAUUUUGCAGACCGUUUGUACAAAGCCAUGAAGGGCCUCGGCACAGACGACAGAGCGCUGAUCCGCAUCAUGGUCUCUCGUAGCGAGAUUGACCUUUUCAACAUUCGCAAAGAGUUCAAGGAAACGCACGACGUCUCCCUCCAUGAAUUUAUCCAGGUAGAGACUAUGAUCGGCGACACCUCGGGAGACUACCGUAAAACCCUGCUGGUUCUCUGCGGAGGGGAAGAUUAAACCAGUCGACAGUCCUGCAGCUUUGUUUCCCAGACUUCGGUGACCACAAGACAAGUGUGAUUGCAAAGCGAAACCCCGGUGAUUAAUGUCGAUACGUCUAUUGUCAGUGUAAUUGCCACCACCACCCAGCCAAACCAAGUGACCUAUAACCUAUCAGCCUUGCACGCCAGUUUUGUGCUCUAAUGUCUGCUCCUCCUACCCAACAGGAGGAUUGAUAUCUAUUUUUUUUUUUUUUUUUUUUUUACUCAACUGUGACAUGAAGAUGUUCGUGUUUGCAGAAAUGGGCUUCACAUGUAUAACACAUUUGAGAUUCGUAGGUGCUCAAGUAGUGCUUUCAGACUGUAGGCCAUCCACUAAAUACUGUGAUUUUGUGGUAUUGUAUGUACCAGAAUUAAACGAAAGAAAUGAA